AUGAUGACACAGUACGAUCCCCAAGCCUGCUGUUGGCGUGGACCGCAACGACCAACCGUACUUAACCCAGCUGCCAACCUGGGCCCGGUGCUGCUGAACGUACUCGAGCGAACACCGGAGAAACCGGCGCAGGUGAACGGGGUCACGGGCUACAUGCUGACCUGUGAUGAGUUGCGUCGCCGUUCGGUACGGUUCGCGAAAUUCUUGAUCGCUUCGGACUACCAGCUGGGUGAUGUAGUUGUGCUGAUAGCGCGUAACUCCGACAAUGUAGCACCAAUCGUGUUCGGUUGCUUUCUGGCCGGUGUAACGCUCAACACGCUCGAUCCAUCGUUUGGUUUGGAGGAGGUUGAGCAUUUACUGCGGCUAACCCGUCCCCGAACCGUCAUAGGCGACUGUGACGCGCUCGUCGUUGUGCGCGAAGCCGCAUUCCGGAUGGAACUGUGUUUGGAUAAAAUUUGCUUUCUGCUGCACGAAAUCGAUGGACGUGAUUUCAUGCCACCGGAUAGUUGGAUCUCUGUAGAUGUGUUGGUACAGGAACAGGUUGAAGGCGAGGAUGGAUUUGUACCAGUGUACCGGGGUGAUUCGGACAAACUAAUUGCAGCCAUUGUCUGCUCAUCCGGGACUACCGGUUUGCCGAAGGCGGUACGCAUUUCCCACGCACAGCUUAUCCAACCCUAUCAGCGGGUCAGCCAGCUGGAUCAGAAUGAUACGAUCCUGUGCUUUAGCACACUGUACUGGAUAUCCGGUCUGCAAAUGCUGAUGACUGGUGUGCUAAAUGGCAUUCGGCGCAUAAUUACCACCCAGCCAGCGACAUCCGAACUCGCUAUUCAGCUGUGCAAUCGGUACGACGUGACGCUGCUGCUCGUGACGCCAACUAUGGCAAGCGACAUUAUUCGAACUUUAGCGCCAACCGAACGAUUAUCGUCGAUCAAGCUAUUCGCCGUCGGAGGCAGUACAGUAACGAAGCGGUUGCGUGACGAAAUUACCCGGCGUGUGCUGGUGACGGGUCGCGGACGUUUACUCGUUGGUUAUGGGACCAGCGAGACUGGUAAUAUCGCUUACGAGAUGUUGCCGCGGGAAGAUUCGGUUGGCUUUCUCCUGCCGGGUGUUACAGCGAAGAUUGUAAACGAGCACGGGCAACCGUUGGGUCCACACGAAACCGGCGAGUUGCUUGUUCGGCCCGUUCAUCCUUUUCUGGGCUACCAUGGCGAUGAAUUGGCGACCAAAGCUGCACGAGCGAAUGGUGCUGAAGGUUUCGUGCAUACCGGCGACAUUGCUAGGUUUGAUGCUGAUGGGUUCCUGUAUCUGGUUGAUCGGAAGCGUGAAAUCUUCAAGUUCGAUGGCUUCCAGAUUGCACCGACCGAACUAGAGGAACUGAUCGCUGAGCUGCCCGGUGUUCGAUACGUCGUCGUUGUCGGACUGCCUGAUCCCGACCAUUGCUACAACGAUCUUGCUACUGCACUGGUUGUGCGAGAAGCGAACGUUACCGCCUCCACAGCGAAAGCGCUAACAGAACAGACGAUAAUAGACCAUUGUGCACGCACCGUGGAUGGACGAGCACGGCCACAACAGAAAUGGUUACGCGGUGGCGUUAUAUUCGUCGAUCAGCUACCCAUGACGGCGAGCGGUAAGGUGAUGCGAAGUGCAGUCAAGCAACUCGCAAAACGAUGGAAAUCGUUGCAUUCAUCCAACUCGUAA